GUGGAGGAGCUCCUGGAAGCGUCCCUGCUUGGGAAUUUUCUGUAGUCCUUUGAGGAAAGUGUGAGGGAGGUUUUACCAGCACUGUCUGCCUGAGCUGUCUUUCCCAGGAAGAAUUGUAGCUCCAGGAAGAGUUGUAGGCUGUCUAAUUUCUCUAGUUCCUCAACUCGAGUGUGAAAGAGGCCCCCUGGAGGAAGAGGAAGUACCCACUGUUAUGAUGCUGAGUACUCCACAGAGUCUUCCCCAGAGUUCUCCAGGUGUCUGCUCUUCUGCUUUACAGAGCAAGUUAGAUGAAGAGUCCAGAAGCCAAGGAGAUGAGGAUACUUCUGGAUCCUUGGUCAAAAAUGCACUAGAUAAGAAGGUGGCAGAGUUAGUGCAGUUUAUGCUCCUCAGAUAUCAAACAAAGGAGCUUAUCACAAAAGCAGAUAUGCUGAAUAUUGUCAUCCAGGAGUAUGAGGAACAAUUUCCUGUGAUCUUCAGGAAGGCUCAUGAUUUCACAGAGCUUGUCUUUGGUAUUGUUGUGACAGAGCUGGACCCCAAUACCCAUACCUACAUCUCUUACAAUAUGCUGGAUCACAGCUACCAAGGAAUGCUGACUGAAAACCAGGCCGCACCCAAGACCAGCCUACUGAUAUUUGUCCUGGGGAUGAUCUUCAUGAAGGGCAACUGCGUGCCUGAAGACAAGAUGUGGGAAGUGCUGAAUGCGUUGGAGGUGUAUGCUGAAAGGGAGCAUUUCAUCUAUGGUGAUCCCAGGGAGCUCAUCACCAAUGAUUGGGUACAAAAAAGAUACCUAGUGUACCAGCAGGUACCCAACAGUGAUCCUAAAAGCUAUGAGUUCCGGUGGGGUCCGAGAGCCCAUGCUGAGAUCAGGGAGGGAAAACUCCUGGAGUUUUUGGCCAAGCUAAAGGGUAUCAUCCUUAAUUCAUUUCCAGCCUGGUGCAAGGAUGCUCUGAAAAAUAUAGGCGACCCCAGGCUGUAAUUAAUGCAGCAAAUGAUGCAACAGCCAUGACCAGGGCAAGCUCUGAUGUCAUGUGUAGCAACAUUUCUGGAGGUCUGUGUCCAAUUUUCCAUUGUUUGAAGAGGGCAGUAGUUUCUAAAUAGUGGUGGGCUAUGGUGAAGUUGAAGACAGUGCAGUGUUGUUUGUGUUCUUGUUCUAUA